AACUCCCUCGCACAAAAGCUAAGCCAAACAAGGCUCGUACAUUGACUUGGAAUGAAUUCGUAAUCUCAAAGCAAGCCUGUUAACUCGCACUUUACUAGACGCUACAUCCUUCUAGCGUAUCGGAUACAUAAAAGGAAUCGGUGGAACAAAAACGGAAACGUCAUCAUCGCCACUACUACUGAGAUACAUUCAGAGAAUUCAGAUUUCUCACAUGGACAACAAUUUCCAUCUAGUGAACGACAAUUCUGGCGUCGAAUCCUCCUCUCCCAGGCAGAGCGCACCUUCUGAAUCCUGCGCACAGGCCGGCCCUGUUUCCGGGAAUUUAGCUCUCAGCCAAACAGCAGCAUUCCAAUCGCUCCAGAGUCUUCUCGCGCAGCUUGUGACGGAGAGGGCUACUGAGACUGUCGGAAACCGUCAACUUGACGGCCAGCAGACUUCAAUUCCACAACAUGUUGCCAAUACGCCUGCUGAAUCUUCAAGCAGCAGUCUGGAUGCAAGUUUCGUGUCUGCCCCAGCCCUUGGAGGAGGUUCCGGAUUCGAUUCCUGGAAUGAGGAUUUCACGAAUACUCGCAAGAAAGUCAGGUCACAUUCAUUCCCAAUGGUCGCUGGUUAUGGGUGUGUCACAAGUACCGGCUUCAGCGGGCAGAUUUCUGGGCAGAAUUUUGAGCAUCAUGGGCAGAAUCACGGGCAGGAAACAGAGGCAAAUCGUGCCAACGUGGCAGGUAUCUUCGCCUGGUCCCUGUCGCCAACCUUCAUUCCACUUCGUCCCCAAUUCGCAGUGGAUUGGCCGCAAGAGAACAUCACACGUGAACGGCGAAGGUCGGUCGAUUCAAAUGCACGGACUACUAACACUCCUAGGGGGAGAGUCCACAAGCAGGCACGGGCAGAGAAGAAAGCGCAGCCAGCUCUGCUACCGGAAGUGUCGUUGCCGCUUCCACAAAACCAUCAGCCCCAGCAGAAGCAACAGCAGCCGCAGCAGCCGCAGCAGAAGAAGCAGAUUCAAAAGUCCCAUGCAUCUCCUGCAUCCCCUGCAUCUCCUGCAUCCCCAGCACCUUUCCCCAAGUACCGUGGGUGUUGAGGAAAAAGACUAUGACCGGGAG